AUGCCACGUCGAUUGGCCAGGUCACUCUCCGCGGCCCACUGUCUUUGGAAGACUUCACUCUGUCUCCUGAAUCCGGCGAACCACUACAGAAAUCAGGCUCUUAAGAAGAAAGGGUAUCGAGGGAACGGGCUCGGCGCUACCCUAUGCCAGAAGGCAGUCGACUAUCUGCGAACUUGUUUAUCCCCACCUUCAAGUGUUCAAGUACGGCUUAUGAUAAAGCUAGAGAAUCACGUUACUGUGAAGAUGUAUCCGCGUCUUGGAUUUUCUGAAGCUAGAUGGGCCACGCUCGCUAAGGCUUUGACAGCUAAUGGAGAUGUGCAUCUUUUGCCGGAGGAUAUAAGUGGCCCAAAAUAUAAAUAG